CUGUGUGUAUCUGUGCUUGAUGCAUAAAAAGAGUAACAUUGCGCCCCUUGGAGGCAGCAUCGCCCCUGUGAAGAAGCUCGUCCUAGGGCCAGGCUCCCAGUUAGUGGGUUAAGGGGAGCCACUGAGCAAUCUGGAUGCACCCACAGAUAUUCUCUGUCGUUUUUUAAAAAAAUCCUCACACAUAAUGCGUACAACUCUAAUAUGUCUGCAAGGGCUGCUGUGAAUCAGGCCAUUUAAGCAGCUUCUGGAUUCAUAGUAGCUUAUUAUCGUUUGCCUUCUCCACCAAUUCUUGCUAAAAAUCAUAGCCAUUUUCCUAUAGGGUGUUGCCAUUUUUAUGUUAAAAUAUUUGAAAAAAUGGGAAACCCUUCUUUCUAGGACACGAAGUUUCAGAAUGGCUUUUGGCUCUGCAGAUAGCCUUGAUUUUUGAUUCUUGUACCUCUUCUAAAGUGUUUUUAUUCGGUUAGGUCCAGUUGGUCUCCCGGAAAUGUCCUUUUGUCUUUUCUUCCUGACAUAGCUUUUUUAGCUUGGAAAUAAUCGAAAUGGUAGAGUUGAAAGACUGCAAAACCACCUCAUGGAAUUGCCCCAGGGUCUUGGAUUACACCUUACUUGGAUUAUACGGGAAUAUCUACACAGGGAGUAUCUACUUUUGGCGAACUGGAAAAAAGAUGUAAUUUCUUCAGAUCCUCCCUUGCCUUUCAGCAUUUCCUACUCUAAUGGUGGAAUUUCAGAGGAAAAAAACACUUGGAGGUGAUACUUGUAGAAGCUAUUUGGGUUGCCAAAGGAUUUUUUCUACAUUUCUAGGCUGAACAAGUGUGGACUGGAAAAGAGAACAUGGAGAUGGGUUAAGAAAAAUUAAUGGAGGAUUCACGGGAGUAGAGCUAUUGUUUUCUGACAGUCGGUAACUGCAUUUUAACUAUUACACUUUAUUUAGAAAAAGCUUCGGCAUCACUUGCCCAAAUUAUCCCCUCCGUUUUCCCCCUUAGUAGAAUUCUACUUAAGAUUUGAUUAAAACCAUUGCGAAGCAUCCAGCUAUAACGCGAAUUAACUCUUAGACUACGACAAGUAUUUUGAAACUUGCUGAGAGAAAUUUGAAGACCACUUGAAAUUUCUGCCAGGAAUCUUUGUAUUCUAAUAAAAUUUUUUUUGAAUUCGGGUUCAUGCUACUUCAAGGGAACAUUUUUUCUACAAUGGCUAUUUAUAAACACCUAUUGAAAAUUACACGCUAAUAACGUUUACUUACGUCUUUUAAGUGUUCUGGGUUUUUUUUUCUUUUUUGAGUAAUCUGAGUUCAUGGCAACUGUAGGUGCAAACAUUUCAGGUUGUAGUGUGAAGUCAAAAACCCCCAAACGUAUAAUUUAUGCUGCCCCCUGGUGAUGUCCUACUUCACAGCACCUCCCCAAACUAAAACCUCCCUUUGAUAAAUUUUUUAGUUGAAAACUUAAAUCAAGUGUGGACAAGAUGCCAUUCUGCCUUCUUCAAACUGGGCCUUCUCUUGUUUUCAAAUACCCUAAGGCCUAACAGCUGAGGAGGAUUAGCUCUUGAGGCUAAUCAGUGUAGAGGAACUGUGACGAUCUGCCACAGAUCUCACUUUCACUUGGAGCAUUAUUCUUGAACUUUCCUGGCUUAUAAGACUCACUUGGGAACACUUACUUAAAAUCAGAUUCUGUGAGUCAUAAAUUCAGCUGAUUAGAAAAAAAAAAACGGAUUCUGGAGCCUCCUUUCAAACCUCUUGAAAUCUGAUAUCAGAGAUUGACUUGUGAUUUUUAUUUUUAACUGCCCCAGGUGAUUCUUAUUGACCGGAGAGGGUGGGGAAUCCUACAGCUAUAAAUAGUACAGGUGCUGCUGCAGUACUCUGCAGGUGGCUAAUGAGAGGGAAUUUUGUGAGUAAAGGAGCUUAGUAACCACGGGAAAGUAUAGGAGCUGUGAGGCAGGAGUGGAACUGCGGGUUUAACCUUGGUAUGUCACUUUCUUGCCAAGCAUACCUGUUUGUUUCUAAUGUGGCUCUAGUUGACAUUCUAUCCCGUACCAAGAUAUCUUUUGAGUGGCCACAAAUUCUAUUAAAGCAGAAGAAAUAGUGGUGAACCAUAAAAGAAAACCAGGUUCCUCUCUACUCUGCAAUUUAGAGGAAAAUUUUUCAUCCAAGGACAGAUCAGACUGCUGCAAUAAAGCAAAUAUCACGAUAAAGUGAGUCACACAAAUUUUUUGGUUUUCCAAUACAUAUAAAAGGUGCUGUUUUUUAACCCUAAUCUCUUGACCAAGAAUGAAACCAUUUAAAACUUAAGAUGCCAACAGAUCACGAAGAACCCUGUGGUCCCAGUCACAAGUCAUUUUGCCUGAAUGGGGGGAUUUGUUAUGUGAUACCUACUAUUCCCAGCCCAUUUUGUAGGUGCAUUGAAAACUAUACAGGAGCUCGUUGUGAAGAGGUUUUUCUCCUAAGCUCCAGCAUCCAAACUAAAAGUAACCUGUUUGCAGCUUUCAUGGCAGUGGCAGUCCUAGUAACACUGAUUAUUGGAGCCUUCUACUUCCUUUGCAGGAAGGGCCCCUUUCAGAGAGUGGGUUCAGUCCAGUAUGAUAUCAACCUGGUGGAGAUGAGCAGUACCAGCACCCACCACAGAAAUGGAUGACCUGGAGCUGGGGGAUGAGGAGAUGAUCCAGACUCCAAUCCUGCUGACCUAGAAAGUGACUCCACUGACCAGAGAACUGUCCCCAACUGCAGAGUCUCAGCUGCCACGGCAUCAUGGCUACGCUCAGAGGGUUUUGAUUUUCCUUUCCUUUUCUCCAAGAAGAAAUAACUUUUUUUAACAGAAAUAACUUUCUGUUAAAUAAUAUUCUAACAGAAUAUUCUUCUGUUAAUCAUUCAACUUAA